AUGUCGUCUUGGUUUUCGUACCUACUUGGCACCGUGCCAGAAAGAGAUGAGGAAGCAGAGACUGCCGAACCCCAACCUGAAGUUGAGCACAGAGAAGAGGAAUCGACACAUGAAUUGGAGGGCUUGGCCGGAUUGUCUCCAUCGACAUCUAACAAUAUUGGGGCAGCCUUAGAAGGCCUAUCGGAACAACAACGAGAGCUGAUAAGCGAUGUCCUACGACGAGCGGAAGCUUCGCGCAGAGGAGCAAAGGUAGUUGUUGAUGGACGACGUCUUCAGCGGUAUAGUAGAAUGCAAAGGGGGUCGUCAUCAGAGAGGCAGUUUAGCGUCGAAGAAAUACCAGAAAUACCACAAGAUGAUAGUAUCGAGCGCGGUGAUCUCGUUCAGAUGGAUUCGAUUCCAGAGGAUCUCACAGUAUCCAUGGACCCGCAAGCGGUAUCCACACGUGGGCGGUCGUCUUUCAGUUGGAUAAGCAAUUCCGAAUCAGAUUGGGCUCAAAGUACAUUGAGAAGCAGGAUAGAGACAUUCGGAAAGCGUUUAUCACAUUGGUUUGAUACACUUGACUAUGACGGUGACUACAUGAAUCUUCAGUUCAACAUCGGGUCUAACGAAGUCACUUCUUUGAACAAAGAAAUUUCUUCGUUCAGUGAUGUACUUUCUACCGGGGUUAUUAUUCUUGCCUUAUUUGAGCUCUAUGAAAGCUCACUACAAAGCUCAUUCACUCUUCAUACAUACUGCGAGAAGCUAACCGGAACUAUAUUAGCUAUGAUCUACAGUGAUCUCAAACAUUAUAUUGUUUCAAAUGAUGAAAUUGUUGUUAUUGAUGCGUACUGUUCGCAAAUGGUUUUGCACAUAAUGGAUGAAAUUUUGCAAGCAACACGGGACAAAUCAGCUCUUGGACUCCUUUUGCCAGAUGAGCUCAAAGAAACCAUUCCGAAAUCGCUGUCCGUCUCACAACUAUCAACACCUUUGUCUGCCUGCUAUGAAGUGUUAACGGCGGACACAGAAUCUUCUGAAACUGAAGACAUGGCCGAAGUGCCAUGGUACAAGAGUUGGCAACCUCCAACUGAACCGCUGUCCGACCUGGAAGGCAUUCGUACAAGUAUCGAACAAAGAACAGCUCUUGGAAGGGAGUCUAAUGAGGUUUUGGAGCCGCUGCCACCCCAACUUUCUCCUGUUGAAUCUGACGAAUAUCUGGCAGAGAAACCAGAGGACAAACGCUCGUUUGCUUCUGAGGUCACUAAAGGCGAAAGCAAAUUCGACAACGAUAGCUGCACAUAUGAACAAGACGAAGACAUUGCGCUAGAAAAGCUGCCUUUCCAAGAAAAAUUCCAGGAAGAAAUGUACUGGAGAUCCCAAUACUCAGGACAUCUUGAAGGAAGAUCAGCGAGAACAGGAUUUGGGCUGCUUAGGGCACCUGGACCACUACGAAUGGGAAGAAAUUCCGAGAAGGGUCCGUGCCCGAGAAAAUUCGCUUGA